UCACAUAAAAACAUUCCAUUCCUUAUUUCUGCCUUCUCUUCUUCCGUGGCCAUGGAAACACACUCUUCUUCUUUGGAUUCUCGAAGGAACCAUGACCAUGAUCUCAAAGAAUGGGGUGUCAAAGCUCGAAUGAUUAGUCGUGAAAAUACAAUCUCUAGACGUUUCUCGUCUUCACACAUUACAAGUUUCAGGGAGGAUGCUUGCAAGUCGUUCCGGUCCAACUUCACCAUUUCUAGCACUGCAUCCUCUCCUGGUUACUCUCUCAAAGAGGAAAUUGAUCCGUCUACUUACUCAUUCACGAAUGCGCUAAAAGCAUUGCAAUUAAGGUCAAUUAACACAUGGGAGUAUUUGUCACCAGAAGGAUUUGCUCUAAACUCGAAAUGGAAUGAAGCAGAAAGAUAUAUAUGCAAUCCACUUUCGGGUGAAGUCCCAAAGGAAUGUUUGUCUUCAAAAACAUUAUUAAAUGGUCGAUCAUUUCGAAACAUUACCAAUAGAAUGACCAUGUCUGCCCCUUUAAUUCAUCAUUCUUCAAGAGUCCAACCACAAAAACUUACCAAUAUUAUUCAUCCAAUUCAAGAUGAAAAUGAGGCCAAGGAAAAUAAUAUCGAUGGGAGGUCGUUGAUAAUGAUGUUGAAACGAGACGUUGGAAUUCAAAGUUCACUACGCGAAAGUAGCCCUAGCCCGAUUUCUACCCCCUCUAUUCAAGAAAGGCCGAUCAAGUUCAAUAUGAGCUUGGAUUCUUCAAAUUCGAGCUCUAAAUCUGACUCAAAGUCAGUAUCAGAGUUGCAAACAAAGUUGGAAUUCAAGGGUGAGGAUGUGGAAGUGAAAGAAGAAACAAAAAAAGAUGCUGAUGAUAAAAUGAAGAUGUAUGGUUGCAUGUGGAAGCAAAAUAGUAGGUGUUUCUCCUUCAAAAAUUUGUGGCCAAGAAAAAGUGAAAAACAUAGUUAGAUUAGUUAUCUUAGAAACAGGAUUACUUUGAACUUGAGAAAAUAAUCAAUAAAAAAUUAGUAUGGAUGUAAGUUUGAUUUACCUAAUCAGUACCUACAUCAUUUCGCA